GGAGGCAAGAAGCAAAGUUCCAUUGCUUCGGCAGAGCUGCAUAUUUGGUUUUUUUUGUAAAUAUAUAUAAACCCUGACUGCAAGAAGCACCUGAAAGAAGACGACUGAAUUUUUUGGCUACUUGUGAAGUCAGAACAGGCCUGUAACAACCAGGAGAAGCAUGUUUCUUCAGUACUUUGCAGUGUGAUUCUAUCACCAUACAUAUACUUUAUGCCUUUAAGAUCCCAGACCUGCUGAAAAGAAGACUGACCAGAGCCUGCACUCCUCACGUUUUCCUACAGAACAUUUUUCUCAACGUGCUACGAUGGGAUGACCCAAAGCUAAGAUUUAUGCUGAACAGGAAAAUUUUCAGCUAACUAGUUACUAGUUCUGUAUUCCAGUACAGAGUACAGCUAGCAGAGGCGAGGCAGCCUGCACUGUCCAGGCUUCACUUGAUGCAGCCCCCAAAGGCAUUGCAGAGUUUGACAUAAGUCUACUAAGAACCAAAGAAGACAUGAAGAGACAUCUCAUCUAUUUACUUUACAUAGGUGCUACACUUUGGGCUUUAGGUUUUACAGAACAGAAAACAGUAACAGGGCUGUUUUCCAAGGAUUGCAUCCUCCCUUGUCUUUUCCCACCUGGGAAUGAUGAAGUUAUUUACUGGAAGAAAGGGGACAAAAAUGUGCACAGCUACUACUACCAGAGGGAUCAGCUGGAAAGACAAGACCCAGAUUACAGACACAGAACACACCUUUUCCAUGAGAACAUUCCUGGUGGAAAUGCCUCCUUGAAACUUAGUAAUGUGACCUUGACUGAUGAGGGCCCUUAUAGUUGCUAUGUGGGAACACAGCAAACUAAAACAGAAGUGGAAGUCACACUGCGUGUAAAAGUUUCCUCUUAUUAUGCCCUGGAAUACCAAAAGACAGACACAAAAAGGAUGCUGAAGUGCUAUGCCUUUCUCACUUAUCCAGCACCACGUAUAUCUUGGGUACAAGGCAAUACACCCAUCCAAGAAACAGGUCAGAAGGAAGCCAGGGAUGGAGUUCUCUAUUCUCUUAGAAGUGACCAGAGCAUUACAAACACAGCUGAUCCUUACUACUGUCAUAUUCAUCUCCCUCAUGAAGAGUGGUCUGCUGAAUGGACAAUGCAAGACCAACUGUCUAAUGUGGAAGGAAAUAGCACUGCAAUUCCCUGUGAAUACAACAGUGACACUGCAAACACUGAAGGUUUCAGUGUUGUCUGGACAUUUCAUAAAAAUGCAGUGAGUUCAGUCCUGGCCUCUUUCAAUGGUACAUCUCACUCUUACCAGCCUCGAGUCCAGAUUAACCAAACUGACUUUUCACUGAUGUUGCGUGAUCUUACUUCAAACGACAGUGGAGAAUAUCUGUGUAAUAUUUCAACACCUCACCACACAAAACUUACAGUAAGAACUUUGCAAGUUGAACAUUCAGGUAACACCGGGUUCAUUGUGCUAGGAGUGAUCAUUGCAGUGCUGCUAGUAGGAGUCCCUUCGUACAUCUGCUACAAGGUAUGUACAAUCAUUAGGGGAUUUAUUUUUCAAGGUAAUAUUAAGCUUAAAUCCAGAUCUUGAAUGUUUGACCAAAACAUAAAUCUUAUUUUUAUGGGUUAAGGCAUGCAAAAAAGACUGAAAAUGUAGGAUUUUAAGUCUCAGCAUAAAUAAAUUGUCCUCAUUCUUGCUGUUUUCUAUGCCCAGAUGGCUCUUGUUGGUACAUCUGUGCAAUAGUGUUUUUGUUGUCACCAUGUUAAUGUGACCUUCCCUUGACCAGAUGCUCUCCUGUGCUCUAUAAAAGGAUGAAAAAGUUGGUUAUCCUUCACAAGUACUUUCUGAUAACUUGCUUUAAAAGCAAUCAAAACGAUUGGUUUUAUCUCACUCUUGUUUAAGACACAAAAAAACUCAAACCAAAACAUGAAGUCCCUCAAACAAUGCACAUACCUAGUCUUAAUUAGGGCUCAAAUUACUAUUCCAAUUAUAUGCAAUGUCAAAACUUACUGAAACUGCAGUGUGAAAAGCUAUACAACUUGCUUUGCUUAGGAGACUGUUGACAGGUCCCAGAUCUGGUCUCUCCACACAUGACUCCUAUUUACUAGCAUGCAGCUUCUUCAAGUGGAUGCGUUUUAUUCUUGUACAUUUGUAAUAGGCUGGCUCUGUCUUACAGUAUUCUGUCUUCUUCCCCUGCAUUUGUGGGAGUAUGCUUAAAAAAUGAACUUUAACUUAUAGUCGUUGGGGUGUAUCUUUCUGUAUCUGGCAGUACAGCCCUAUCCAUGAACCAUACCUUCAAACUCCCUGGGCCUUAAGAUUUUGUCACAGCCUGAAUUUGAUAGGCUUCAGAAGAUGCUUAAUGAUGGUUACCAUGAGGUUCAACAAGAACCCACCAGAAAACAGCUCAAUCUUUUUUCAUUUUUCUCUCACUCAGACGUUCACUUCCAUGCUUCUUAUUAGUCAAUAUGAAUGCUAACAUGCUUUAAAGAUUAUAACAUACUUUAGAGAUGUAGCAGUUUAGUUUAAAGAAUUUAAGCAAGAUUCAUUUA